GCCGGCCGGGUAAGUCGGCUUGAGUCAGUGCAACACUUAGGACCCUCCUGCUGCUCUCGCUCCGCCGGGCCAUUACUCGCACCUCUGUCUACCUGUCAACCAUGCAUCUGUUGAGAUCCCUGCGCCUCGUGGCCGUGGAGGCGCUGCGGGCUGCUACGCGCCGCUGAGAAACCAAUUGUAUCUGUAAUCUGACCCCCAGUGAGAGAGAGAGAGAUACAAAUAGAGAUCCUCGGAAAAUUAUGAAAGUUGACGUGAGUUUUAGAGGCUGAUAUUGGAAAAAGGAGAAACGCGUGACCUGUCUGUCUGUGGUAGUUAGGCUGCGGCGCGACCCCGUGUGUGCCGUGAAGGAAACUACUCAUUGGUUCUAGUUGAUUAGCGACGCUGUGAUUGGCUGCCUAGUGAACUGUACUGCUCGUGACGUCACAGCUGUAAGGUAAAUGAGAGCCCUGAGAGUGUCUGGUAGCAAUCACAUCCCACUCGUCACCAUUACCAGCCAGGGAGGUCAAGCAAGUGAGCAAGGAAGGUGUGACUGAGAUGUGAGGCGUGAGGGUGGAAUCACGACGAGGCUCAGCACUCCAUUCAGCACCACCUAAAGCUUGGUUCAGCAGUACCCGCGCACCAGGAGACCACUAACUGUGAGCGGCCACACCACCACGGGGGAGACGGACGCUGCCAAACAGAGGCUGCUGGAUGAUGUGAGCCCGCGCCGCCACCCACCACGCCCGCCACCACACCCACCCAACGCCCGAUGGUCGCCCACACUGCUCGCAUCCCAGCCGUCCCCGCCGCCCACAGUCAUGAGUGAGCGAUGGCGGUGACUGGGGGGGCGCCUCUGGUUACGGGCGUGGGAACGGGCGAGGGCGUGGGAGUACCAGGAUGAGCAGGGCCGCCCAAUGACGGGAGCGGGGGUCGGGCGCGGCUCCAGGGCGGCGCUGAUGGUGUUGGUGGGCGUGAUUCUGGUGGGCGGGGCGCAAGCGACGUGUCCCAGGGUGUGUGCGUGCAAGUGGAAGGGCGGCAAGCAGACGGUGGAGUGCGUGAACAAGGGACUGCAAACCAUCCCUCCCGGCAUCGACCACGGCACCCAAGUCCUCGACAUCACCGGGAACUCCCUCAUCAUCCUAUCCCACGAGAAGUUCAAGGUGAUGGGACUGACCAACCUGCAGAGGAUCUAUGUGUCGAGGUGCCAACUAAGACAGCUGGACGACGUGGCUUUCCGGGGCCUGACCAACCUGGUGGAGCUGGAUCUGAGCCACAACGAGUUGACUCUUGUGCCAGCCGCCGCCCUCGAGCACGUCCCGGGCCUCAUGCGCCUCCAGAUGUCCAACAACCCGAUCACCAAAAUCAAGAACGGCGCCUUCCGGAGCCUGAAGUACCUCACCACCCUGGAGAUGACUUCGUGCAAGGUCCAUACCUUGGAAUCCCGGGCCUUUGAAGGCUUGGACCAGCUGGAGUGGCUCAAGCUGGAUGACAACAAACUCAAGUCGGUGCCACACCAGCUCAUGUUACCCCAAUCCCUGCACGGCAUCGACAUCCACAACAACCCCUGGAAUUGUGACUGCAACCUGCACGGGCUGAGGACAUGGCUAGUCAAGUAUAACGUCCCAUCGUCUAUUGAGCCCCUAUGCUCCCAGCCGCCACGCCUCAAGGGCGACAUCAUUAAGAAUGUCCAUCCAGAUGACCUCGCCUGCCCCCCUGAGAUCAGACCCACUUCUCUCUACAUUGACGUCAUGGAGGGCAAGAACGUAUCCUUCGAGUGCCACGUGACGGCGGUGCCCAGCGCUCGUAUACACUGGAAGUUCAAUGAACAGUCGCUGGACAACAUUUCCUUCGUGUACGAUGAGAGUUCAUCGUUCUAUAUUUUUGAGGAGAGCGGGACCAACGACGAGCAAGUGAGUCAUCUCAGGAUCGAGUGGGUGACGGAUGCCCACGCGGGGGUGUUUCAGUGUCUGGCGGAGAACCAGGCUGGCCUGGUGGUCUCUAACUUUACGCUGCGCAUCAGUCAUCCACCAGUCGUGAUAGAGGAGGAGGAGUCAGUCAUUAAUCACAUCCUGUACAUUGGCAUCGCUCUCGUCAUUCUCGUCGUGCUGGUCAUCAUCCUGCUAUGUGUCCUGAUAGUCCGCUGCUGCCGUCGCCGAUCAUCCACCCACGAGAAGGUCACCGGGUCCCCUGGCGCCUCAGGCAACGGACGUCCCAAAGACACCCCUGUGCCCGCCACUAAUAACAUGCCAAAGUACAUCCAGAUGGGCACGCCGGCACCUAAAGUCAAUGGCAUUUCAAACGACCCUCCGCCCAUCUCAGUGAUCGACACGUCACCAUUCCGCUCGGAGCCGUCCGGCACUCAGCAGACGAACCCUGACCUAAUAUCCGAUGCGGCAGACGACCGAGGAAAGCCUGGCAAGAAGAGAGUGAGCAUUAUGGGGGUGGAGGAGGUGGAUUCCUGUGGCACAAGAACAACCAGGAAGCUGGAUGACAUAAUUGAGGAGUUCGAAGAAGGCUAUGACGCCACGUACGACCACCUGCCACCUCAGAACGAUCAAGAGAAUCUACCGAGUCGAAGCAACCCAUUCUGCACGCUGCCCAGGCGGAGGGAGCCUGAAGUUGCCAAUCCUUAUCCCCUGACGGAGAUCCCGCCGCCAGAGGAAAUGAAUCAGAACUCUCGUUUCUACGACAGAGAUGGUUUUCCAGUAGACUUUGGCCUUCCUCGCAACGGCACCAACACCGCCACGUGGAAGGAAGGUGCAGCAGGCAACGGACGCUCGACCAGCUACAGCCCGCUGCCCACGGAAGAUAUCCCGCUCUAUGCCACGGUUAGACGUAACCGGCACAGCCUAGCGGCCCGCACAGACCUCAUGCACGACCAGAAGUACCCUGAGGAAUACCACCUUCACGAUCCGCAUGAUCCCCAUAUGCACCCACCCGAUGGCCGCUAUCCACAGGCGUACGGCCUCGCCCCUGAAAAGUUCGCACAGCACACCAGCACUUCAUGCGAGUUCUGUCCGCCACCUGUCCAUCCAGAGUACCCGAGUGCCGAUCCCGGGGGACGCAUCGGCGGUGACGGCUGCAGUUUCGACAACCUACUGUCGUCGUGUAGCGGCGGGAGUCAAUGUUGCUACACGGAGCAGACGGGAAGAAUCUACGACAACUCAUUACCUGAGAACUACCGCCCCCUGGACCCCAAGCCCCCGCCACCUAAAGGGUGGGGUGACAAUGACGAGGAAAACAUCAACAUGAGCACGUGGUGCGAACACCCAGAGUCCCCCGGAACGCGAGUCCUCUACUCCCCCGACGACACCUACAGCGAGCAGCACCAGCAGCAGCAGCAGCAACAACAACAGCAGCAGCAGCAACUAUCGCCGCCGCCUCCUCAGGGGACUCAAGUGUGAGAGCAUCCCUGAAUCUUGUCGCCUAAUGCGCGGCGGUGUGCAGCGCCUGACAUCAGCACGUGGCUCAGUGUGUGCAGUGAUAGCGCCUUUCCUAACUAUUAACCUUUCCUAUGUAAAACUCGUUAUGUAUAGUGACAUUUCCUGCCGAAGUGACCAUUAAAAACUAAUCUUUCGAGUUAAUAACAAGAUCAAAUGCAUCCUAAACGUGAACAAUGUAAAGCUUCCUCUUCAAUGAAAAUGAGAAGUUUUCACAUAAGCUUCAUUGAAAAAACGGUGUGUCAUAAAUGAGAGGAAAGAAAAACUGCUACCUGCAUCAUACAUCUUCGUUUUGUUGUUCUCAUUUACACUUGGGUGUCCAGGGAGGUUCCCACUGUUGUGUUCGAAACCAUGAUGCACAGGGUUUGUAAUUUUAACGACACAUACAAUACGAUACUUUGCAUAGUCAUGACGCCAAAGAUGAUCCAACUGUUCCCAAAGCUUACACGAGUGAUGAGCGACGCGACACGUGUGCAUGUGAACGGCGGGAGAGACGAAAACCGCAAUCAAAAGAACAUAAAAUAUGCAUGGAUGGAGAGCGAUGAUCACACACACACACACACACACACACACACACACACACACACACACACACAACUAUAAAGUGCAUAGCGGAUUAUAGAAGAAUUGCAGAGGGAGAGAAGACCAACAAGAAAGGCAACGUUUUGUAAAGAGAACAAAAGUGAAAAGCUGAAAGGGAUGAGAACAAUGGCGCCCUUUGCGUGACACUGAAUGAAAACAGUUCCACUUACAGGCUCAUCGUUUCUAUAUCAUAUAUCAGUGUACAGAAUAAUCUAUUUUGUAUGAAUUUUCCUGUAGGUAAAAGUUUUGUAUAUAACAUAUAUCAAGAGAAAACUAUCUGCUGGAGAAGACGGCGUUCAUCUCCACUCUAAUAUUCCGCCGACGACCAUUCCGCGUCGUGUUUCGUGUGUCACUUCAUUUCUACUUUCCUUUUCCUUUCCUAAUGUUUUGCGUGUGUAAUGACAGUGGCGGGGUCGCCGUCUCCUUCAAUACACGAUAUAGCUGACCAGCAAGCCGUGGAGGCGAGCGUCUGUCUGUCUGUCUGUCUGAGGGCAAAGCAGCUGGCAGUGUUCAGUAUUCCAGUCACCGCAUACGAAUUUGACUUCCACAAGAACAAUGGUGCUCAAUGUAACUUAAAGCAAAACUUUUAGGCCAAAGAGUAAGUAGAGGAUUACCUUGCCGAGUGUUACUUCAGGAGCUAUCUUUUGAAUACUGAAAGAGUGUGUACUGAAGCACCACAUAUUGUGACAUGUAUAUUUACAAGUGUUCACACAGCAACACCUGGCAGUCCCUGCUCACCUGUAUCGCCACGAACCCGUCGCGCACGUGGAAUGGAAGCCAGAGUGAGACGAAAAGCACCCAACGUCACAUGAAACUGAACACUAUACAAGCUACCGCCCCUCCACUCUCACUCUUACUCUCUCUCUCUCUCUCUCUCUCUCUCUCUCUCUCUCUUGGUUUAUCUUCCCCUGACGCCCGCCUAUCUCUUUAUAUCUACCUACGUACGUAAACCUAUUUAUCUUUUUAUUCCCGACCCUUCCAUCAAUAGACAAGAUCUCUCUUUCCAUUUCUCUCUCUCUCUCUCUCUCUCUCUCUCUCUCUCUCUCUCUCUCUCUCUCUCUCUCUCUCUCUCUCUCUCUCUCUCUCUCUCCGUUGUGUUGCUGCUCCUCGCCCUCUACUGUGCCCACUAGCAGUCUCGUUCACCUAACGCCUCACGGACGUCACUUCCUGAGUAUGUAAAGAUGGGGUCCCAAGAACUCCAAGUUUUACAAAUAAAAUAGAUUGAUA